AUGCUUUCUGGUAGUCUAAUUAAGAAAGUUGUAAUGCCACCCGGUGCGGUUACACUUGAUGAUGUGGAUCUGGACCAAGUCAGUGUAGAUUAUGUUCUCAGUUGUGUUAAAAAAGGUGGAAUGCUUGAGCUUUCAGAGGCUAUAAGAGAUUACCAUGACAACACCGGCUUACCCCACAUGGUAAGUUUUGAUUUUGUUGUGCAUUGCUUCAAUGAUGAGAGAGUUAUUGGCUUGGAAUUAGUAUUGGUUGCCGGCAUUGAUAUUUCUUCUUCUUUUGCUCAAAGUUCAGUAGAUGAGUUUUUCUUGGUUACGAAUCCUGAAACUUCAGGUUCACCUCCAAAAAGGGCACCACCUCCUGUUCCGAUUUCAACACCAGCUCCUUUUUUUCCACCAUCGCCUGUUGUGUCCUUGGCAAGUGUAGCAAAGUCAGAAUCCUUUAACUCCACUGAAGUUCAAGAAUUGACUGACUCCGCUGAAGUUCGAGAAUUGACUGUUGAUGACAUUGAAGAUUUUGAGGAGGAUGAUCUUGAGGAAGUUGACAGUGUCAGAAGGUCAAGAUGUAAUCCAAAUGAUGCUGCUGAUAUUGUUCCCAAAUUACCCUCAUUUGCCACAGGAGAGGCUGACUUGUUUGUGGAAGUUGAUGGUGAGUAUGGUGAUGAAGAGCAGGAAAGACCACCUCAAUGGCUGGUUGCACUUAUGGCAUCCUCAUCUGGAAAGCCACGAGUAGUGGGUAUCACAGAUGAUGACCUCCGUGAAACUGCAUAUGAAGUGCUCUUGGCAUGUGCCGGGGCAUCAGGGGGCCUCAUUGUUCCAUCAAAGGAGAAAAAGAAAGACAAAAGGUCCAGGUUGAUGAGAAAGCUUGGACGUAGUAAAACUGAGAAUGCUGCGACCAACUCUCAGCAUGCAACUGGAUUGGUUGGUUUGCUAGAGAACAUGCGUGCCCAGAUGGAGAUAUCUGAGGCAAUGGACAUAAGAACUAGACAAGGACUGCUCAAUGCUCUUUCUGGAAAAGUUGGAAAGAGGAUGGAUACACUAUUGGUUCCACUGGAAUUGUUAUGUUUACAGUUAUUCAUGCUGGAGGAGGGGCUUGUUAAUCACCCAGUUGUUGGAUUUGGUGAAUCUGGGCGCAAACCAAGUGAUUUGAGGAUUCUUUUGGCAAAGAUUGAGGAGUCUGAGUUCCGUCCAUCUUCUGCUGGUGAAGUCCAACGAACAGAAUGUUUGAGAUCUCUGAGAGAGAUUGCAAUACCACUUGCUGAAAGGCCAGCUCGGGGUGACUUAACUGGUGAAAUAUGCCAUUGGGCAGAUGGCUAUCACCUUAAUGUUAGACUAUAUGAGAAACUGCUUCUGAGUGUCUUUGACAUUUUGGACGAGGGGAAGCUGACAGAGGAAGUGGAGGAAAUACUUGAGCUCUUGAAGUCGACCUGGCGUGUUUUAGGAAUUACAGAGACUAUCCAUUACACAUGCUAUGCAUCAGUAUUAUUUCGUCAGUAUGUCAUCACACAAGAGCAUGGGCUCUUGAAACAUGCCAUUCAUCAGCUGAAGAAAAUACCAGUGAAAGAACAACGGGGACCACAGGAGAGGUUACAUUUGAAAAGUUUGCUUUCGAAAGUUGAAGGUGAAGAACUGCCUUUCUUUCAGUCCUUUUUAUCACCUAUUCAGAAAUGGGCUGAUAAGCGGCUAGGAGACUACCAUCAGAACUUUGCUGAGGACCCAUCAAUAAUGGAGGAUGUAGUAUUAGUUGCAAUGAUCACCCAGAGGCUUCUCUUGGAAGAAUCUGAAAUGGCAAUGCAACCUACGUCUGUCACAGAUCGAGAUCAGAUUGAAUCAUACAUAUCAUCAUCCGUCAAGAACGCGUUUACAAGGACAUUUCAGGCUGUUGAUAAACUAGAUGCAAUAGAUGAGCAUCCUUUGGCAUUGCUAGCAGAAGAGAUCAAGAAACUUUUGAAAAAAGAAUCAACCAUAUUCACACCAAUUUUAUCUCAGAGGAAUCCACAAGCAAUUGUUGUUUCAGCAUCACUUCUUCACAGGCUCUAUGGGAACAAGUUGAAACCAUUUCUUGAUGGUGCUGAACAUCUGACUGAGGACACUGUGUCUGUGUUUCCUGCUGCUGAUAGCCUUGAGCUUUAUAUAAUGGCACUCAUUAGUUCUGCAUGUGCUGAGGGGAAUAUGGAAGUCAACUUCCGCAAACUAACUCCAUAUCAGAUUGAAUCUAUAUCUGGAACAUUGGUCAUGCGAUGGGUCAAUUCUCAGCUUGGAAGAAUUUUGAGUUGGGUUGAGCGUGCAAUUCAACAGGAGCGGUGGGAACCGAUAUCUCCUCAACAGCGGCAUGGUAGUUCAAUUGUUGAAGUUUAUAGGAUUGUCGAAGAGACUGUUGAUCAGUUCUUUGCUCUUAAAGUUCCAAUGAGACCAUCAGAGUUGAAUGGCUUGUUUCGGGGCAUUGACAAUGCAUUCCAAGUUUAUGCAAAUCAUGUCAUUGACAAGUUGGCGCCAAAGGAAGACCUAAUUCCACCAGUUCCUAUUCUGACGCGAUACAGGAAGGAAGCUGGAAUAAAGGCUUUCGUAAAGAAGGAACUAUUUGACUCAAGGAUGCCUGAAGAGAUAAAAUCCAAAGAAAUUAAUGCGCCAGCUACUGCAACACUUUGUGUUCAGUUAAAUACGCUAUAUUAUGCAAUUAGUCAACUGAACAAGUUGGAAGAUAGCAUUUGGGAGAGAUGGACAAGGAGAAAGCCUCGUGAGCAGUUUAUCAAGAAAUCCAUAGAUGAGAAAUCAGCAAGUUUCAAACAGAAGGGAACGUUUGAUGGUAGUAGAAAAGAUAUAAAUGCUGCUAUUGAUCGCAUCUGUGAGUUUACUGGAACUAAGAUCAUCUUCUGCGACUUGAAGGAGCCAUUCAUUGAAAAUCUUUAUAAACCCAUUGUUGCUCAAUCUAGGCUGGAAGCAAUAAUUGAACCGCUUGACAUGGAACUAAAUGAACUAUGUGGUGUUAUUGUGGAGCCACUCAGAGAUCGCAUUGUGACAAGUCUUCUACAUGCUUCACUGGAUGGUUUUCUCCGUGUUAUAUUAGAUGGAGGACCAUCACGAGUUUUCUGCCCAGGUGAUGCAAAAAUAUUGGAAGACGAUAUAGAAGUUUUAAAGGAAUUUUUUAUCUCUGGAGGAGAUGGGCUUCCUAGAGGAGUAGUUGAAAACCAUGUAGCACGUGCUCGACAUGUAAUUAAGCUGCACAGCUACGAGACUAGAGAACUAAUCGAGGACCUGAAAUCUGUUAGUGGGGUGGAAAGGCAGCGUGGUGGAAGCAGACUGGGUGCUGAUACUCCAACAUUGUUGAGAAUAUUAUGUCACCGAAGUGAUACAGAGGCCUCCCAGUUUCUCAAGAAGCAGUUCAAAAUACCCAAAUCCUCAGCUCUGUUUAAUCCACUUUUUUCUCUUUUUCUGCUGAAUGAGGAUGGUCUUAGUUAUAUUACAAGUGCAGUGGAAAUUCCUUUGUGCAUGGAUCAUGCUACUCGACAACUUGAGCAAAUCUCAUACGCAAAGAUUCUCAAAAAGGAAGAGGAGUCAAAAGUAGAAAUGCUGAAGGCGAAGGGAAAAUUGGUGCUCCGAGUAAUGUGGAGGAAAAAGUUUCUAACUAAAAAUCUCCUAUUGGUUAAGGUUCCAACUUGGAAUGUAAGGGGGCUUCAAUCAGUCCCAUUAACUGAUGGAGGCUAG